AUGCGUUUUGUAUCCAUCGAAGCUCUCGCUCGCAGUUUGAGACGAUGCGGAGACCUGAAGGACCUCUCUCAGGGGAAGAGAAUUCAUGACUUCAUCUCCAGCGGCAGCAACAGAGGAAACAUCUACCUAGCCAACCUUCUCAUCGAAAUGUACAGCAAGUGUGGAUGUUUACAGGAUGCAGUCCAAGUGUUCGAUAGUAUCACAGAGCCGAACACGUACUCCGUCAACUUGAUGAUGAAGGCGUAUGCCCAGAACCGGUAUCUGGACAGGGUGAAGCACUUGUUCGACGGCUCGUCCGAGAGGAACAUUGCAACCUGGAACACAGUUCUGGUGGCCUAUGCUCAGGCAGCGUAUAUGGAGGAAGCCGAGCGCUUGUUCUACAGGAUGCCACUGGUGGACACAGUAACUUGGACUUCAGUGCUGCAAGCAUUUGCCAGGCAGGGACUGGUGGUGGAAGCCAAGAGCAUUUUCGACGACAUGCCCGAACGCAACGAGGUGUCCUGGAACGCCAUGCUCUCGGCUUUUGCCAGCGGCAGCCGGUUCUACGAUUGUCAAGCUGUGUUUGAGAACAUCCCGAUGAGGACGGUGGUGUCUUGGAACUCGAUGCUGGCCUUGUCUGGUUCGGGAAAGAGCAGUGUGGAAGACACGAAGAGGUUGUUCGAGCAGAUGCCCGAGAGAACAGUGGUUUCGUGGACCUCGGUGGUGCAAGCUUAUGUUCUUCGCGACGACUAUGAAUCGGCCAAGAUGGGAUUCGACAGGAUGGUGGAGCACGACGUGGUGUCGUGCACGGCGAUUCUGGCUGCUCUCGUCCAGCGCAAGGAGCUCGAGCAAGCCAAGGAGAUGUUUGACAGGCUGCCGGAGAGAAACUCGUUUACGUGGAACGUUUUGCUGGCAGGGAAUGUUCAACAUGGCCAUCUCCAAGAGUCGCAGAAGAUUUUUGAGGCGAUGCACAGCCGCGAUGCUGCUUCCUGGACCGGCUUGCUCCAGGCCUUCGCUCUCGCAGGCCGCCACGACAAAGCCAAGGCGGUGUUUGAGAGAAUGCCCUGCCACCCGGCUAUGGCUUGGAACGCAAUGGUGACGGCCUUCGGCUUGAAAGGAAGCCUGCAAGAAGCUCGAGAGGCCUUCGACUCGGCUCCACACCGAUGCCUGGUCUCGUGGACGGCGAUGGUGGGAGCUUACGCUCUAAACAAGCACGGGAGAGAUGCCGUCCAAGCGUUCCAGGAGAUGGAGCUCCAGGGGAUGGAGCUGGACGAGGUGGCCUUCAUCACCAUCCUCAGCUGCUGCAGCCAUGCCGGGCUCGUAGACGUGGGACUCGGCUGCUUUCGCUCCAUGCUCGCGGACCACGACGUGGCGGCGACGAGAGACCAUUACUGCUGCAUGGUGGACAUGCUGGCCCGAGCUGGCCGGCUGGACGAGGCCGUGGAUGUGAUCGACGCUACUCCGUAUGAUCCCGACUCGGUGACACUGGAGGCGUUGCUGGGAGGCUGCGGAAUGCACAAAGACGUCGGCCGGGGACAGCAGGCGGCCGAGUUUCUUCUUUUCGGAUCCAAGGAGCUGAGAACGUCGGCGGUGUUUGUUCAGCUCGAAAACGCUUUCAAAGCCUCGGCAGCCGGGGACAGCUCUAUCGUGGCAGCUGGGAAACGCUUGCAAAUCUAUGCGAUAGCUCUUCAGCAAGGUGGUAAGAACUUUGAAGCUGGUUAA